CCUUGCCGUCUACCCUCUUAAAGGCAUGGACUUUUUCUCUCAGACGUACAAUGCGCUCAGAGGGCCAGCAGGGGCGCCUCAGUCUGCUCUCGAGGCAAUCCAACGACUUUCCGGUCGUCUUUCGCCAUCCACUUUACUAGCUGAUCGACGAGCUGCUGUACUUUCGCUCAAGGGUCUAUCACGCGAUUGUAGAGCCGAAGUAGGACAUUAUGCUCUUGCGGAUUUACUUGAAGUACUGGAGAACGAUGCUGAGAUUGACUCGGAAAUCGGGAAGGCUGUGUUGGAAACACUGAAUUCGCUUUGCGACGUUGGUGAUGCGAGUCCUUCUGAGAGUAAAGCCUUGGGUUUGAAGUAUACGGACGAAGUACUCAAGACCGAUAAAUCUGUGUCGAAGAUAUUCCUACUGCUUGCGGAUAGUCACUUUUAUGUCAAAUAUGCAGCGUUGGAGUUACUUUCUACGCUUCUGCAUAAUCGCAGACAGGUCGUACAGUCGUAUUUCCUUAAAGCACAGAACGCACCUGCGAACGUGCUUGCUACGUUAGAAGAUCGACGGGAGAUCAUUCGGAAUGAGGGAUUGAUCCUCUUACAGUCUCUUAUUUCGCAAAGUCCGGAUAUCCAGAAACUAUUUGCGUUUGAGGGGGCGUUUGAUAAGCUCUUUAAUAUAAUACAAAAAGAGGGUGGGAUUGAUGGAGGCACGAUUGUCAAGGACUGCUUUACUUGUGUUGAUGGCUUGUUGCGAUUGAACACGUCCAAUCAGACGUUCUUCAGAGAGACGGGACUGGCUGGCUUCCUUACGGCUCAGCUACUCUUUCCAACGAACCUUCCGCCAGAGGAAUCUGCUCCGCAGGAAUUCGCACUCCAAUUCUGGGACGUUCAGAAGACUUCGAAUGUUCGACUCGUUAUUGGGAUUGUCGGUCUGCUGGUUGGAUCAAAAGGCAGUAAUGAAGCAGAAACAAACCUUCUCAUUCGAUGUCUAGUGGAGCUAGCUUUAGCGUCAAAUGCACCUACAAUCCUAAAGACACAAGCACUUCAACUUCUCCCAACCAAUCUCAACUUCCCAUUCAUCUCCCACAUCGUCACACCGUAUUUACCUGUUCCCGAUACGAACGGAGAAGAAUGGGAUCGUUUAGAGCCUAUUGUUGCGCUUGAUGCCUUGAUUGAGUUGGUGGUCAUGGGAGAGUAUGGUGGAUCCGGUGAUAGCGGGACCAAGCAGAAAGCCAAGGAGGCUCUCUUAUUAAGGACCAUUGGGGCUGUGGUGUUUGAGAACUAUACCCGGAAAGAAGAGUUACGGCUCAUCAUCUUGAAAGCCAUGUUGCCCAAUGAGGAUCCGAACGCACCUCGACCUACACCAGCACUCUUACAAUGUCUCGCUGCUCCUCCGAGUUCACCUCUGAACCCGAAUGCGUCUUUAUCGACUCACCUCGCUUCAUGGCUUUUUGCAUCCCUAAUUCGUUCUUCAUCACGCUGUAAACAACUCGCGCGACAGAUAAAGCCCUCAGCAAGCACUGCACCCGCCGCGCAACAAUUUUUCGUCCCAGCUGACGGUCCACCACCAUCGGCAAGUGCGCAAGUGGCUUCGCCUGAUGCAGAGAAUGAAGAACCACAGACGAUCAUUGCCUUACUUGCUGAACAUCUUUCUCUAGCGUUCUUGUCAAGACGACAUGCUGCGAGUGCUGAAACGGAAAGAGAUGCGAGAGAGUGGGAUCGGUUGAUCGUUGUGUACCUUGCGCUGCUUUCGCAGUGGUUAUGGGAGGACCCGAAGGCUGUUCGGGAGUUUUUGGAGAAUGGAGGUGUUGGAAUGCUCGUCGAGCCGAUAAACCAAACAAGUGACGUCGACCCGCUUGUUCAAGGACUAUGCGGCUACCUUCUUGGCGUAUGUUAUGAGUUCAACCGUGAACCUGGCGAGAUCACUCGAGCAACCAUCCAUUCCAUCCUAACACGACUAAGUCCCGACGCAGUCACCGCUCGAAUGUCUCGUGUACGAGAGGACGAACGUUUUCGGGCGAUCGGACCUGAAGAUAUCGUCCUACCGUAUCGAUUCCCCGCUAUGCACUCUGCACCUACUGGCUCGGACGUGCAUGAAGACCCUGAUGUGGAGAUUUGGUUCGAUUGGGCGUUUGUUGAUUUUUGGAAGAGUAAUUACUAUACGAUACAGAGAGCUGUCACUCUUGACCCGGAUACAUUGAGCUCUCAAUCUGGCGAGAACGCAGAGUCAGCCAUGCUAAUCGCAUCCCUCCGCGAGGUCAUCCGAAAUCAGGCAUCUCAGAUCGAGGAGCUACAAUCGCAAUUACAGGCUGCUCAGUCUCAGUCCGCAAAACCUACACCUACAGAAGAUUUACAAGCUCAAGUUGCCGCUGCCACUGCGGCUUCAGCAGCAGAGAUCACGAACUUAAAAUCCCAAAUCACCUCGCUCACCGCGCAACUCGAAGUCGCACAACAAAAGAGCACAGAUGCAGAAAAGGAGCAAGAAGACUUGCUCGUGCUUCUUGACGAACUGAGCACGAAGCGGAAGCGGGAUAAGGAGACGAUACGGAAGGCUGGGCUUGAAGUAUCUGAAGAUGAAGGUGAUGGAGAUGGAGACGGGGAUGAGGCGGAGGAAGGAGAAGAUUGAGUAAAUGUAUGCUUGUCUGUGUAUGUGUGUAUGGGUUGUAUGGGCGGUACAAUAGACGGUUAUGUUGUACUUGCGGAUUACGGACCUUGUCGUAUUUUAACGGACCAGUCUGUAUGAGUCGUGUGACACUGCCUUUCAUCUACCGUUCUCCACUCUCUUCCGAGUCUAUUUGUGAACAAUAAGAUUUU